AUGGCCAAAGUUCCUGAUUUGUUUGAAGACUUGAAGAACUGUUACAGUGAAAAUGAAGAAUACAAUUCUGCCAUUGACCACCUCUCACUGAAUCAAAAAUCCUUCUAUGAGGCAAGCUAUGGUUCGCUUCAUGAGAAAUGCACGGACAAAUUUGUGUCUCUGAGAGCUUCCGAAACCUCAAAGAUGUCCAACUUCACCUUCGAGGAGAGCCUGGUGAUGGUGGCGGCGACAUCCAACCAAGGGAAGAUUCUGAAGAAGAGGCGGCUGGGUUUCGAUCAGGUCUUUGCUGAAGAUGACCUGGAGGCCAUGACCCAUAAUUUAGAAGAGACCAUCCAAUCUGAUUCAGCACCUCACGUCUUCCAGAAUAAGGUGAUAUACAGACUGGUAAGGCUUGUCAAGUCGAAUUUCGUCAUGAAUGAUUCCCUCAAUCAAAACAUAUGCCUGGAUGUGGACAAGGUGCAUCUCAAAGCUGUCUCACUAACUGACCUGCAACAUGAAGUAAAAUUUGACAUGUAUGCCUACUCAUCGAACGACUCUAAAUUUCCUGUUACUCUAAAACUCUCAAACACCCAGCUGUUUGUGAGCGCCCAAGGUGAAGACGAGCCUGUGCUGCUGAAGGAGCUGCCUGAAACACCGAAAGUCAUCACGGGGAGUGAGGUCGACCUUGUUUUCUUCUGGGAGAAGAUCAACACUAAGAACUACUUCACAUCAGCUGCCUACCCAGAGCUGUUUAUCGCCACUAAAGAAGAGAGCCGGGUGCACCUGGCGAAGGGGCUGCCCUCGAUGACAGACUUCCAGAUCCCGUAA